AUGGCGGAGCAGUCUGCCACCGUGGACACUCGAGGCGGUCAGUGGGGCAGGUGCAUAGGAGAAGAAUGUGGAACUGGUGGGGUUCAAUCCAGGACAGUGUGGUGCAUCCACUCAGAAGGAUGGACCACACACCACUCCAACUGCCGGCACUCAGACAAACCAGAGAGCCAGAGGCCUUGCUUUAAGGUGUGUGAGUGGCACCAGGACCUCUUUGAAUGGGAGGUUUCAGAAUGGGGGCCGUGCAUUCUAGCCCCAUUCCAGUCCAACGCGCUCAAACCGAGGACAACGGAGUGCGUCACGGCCCAGCACGGCAUCCAGAGACGGAAGGUCCAUUGCGUGCGCACCUCAAACCGCACGACGGUUACGGAGAGGAUAUGCGAGUUCUUUUCCCCACGACCGGCGCUCGAACAGGCCUGCUUGAUCCCCUGCCCUCACGACUGCAUCGUAUCCGAUUUCUCCGCCUGGUCUGGCUGCAGUCGAACAUGCGGCAUGGGUCUCCAGCAUCGGACUCGACACGUUCUAGCGGCGCCGAUGUACGGAGGAGCCAAUUGCCCCAAUCUCACCCAAACAAGGACUUGUGCAAACCUUCUGCCCUGUCCGGUUGGGGAAAGCGAGCAUCAAUACAGCCUUAAAGUCGGCCCCUGGAGCGAGUGCAGGCAGCCGCAACACAAGGGGCUCUGGAUGAGCGGAAGGACCAUGCUGGACUUCACCACGGGAGAUACGGAGAGGAACACCGUGAAACGACAUAUCCAGAGCUCCCAGCACCACCAUCACCACCUCCACCACCACCACGGCCUCAAGGGCUUGGACGUGGAGAUCGGCUACCAGACGCGCCAAGUUCGUUGCAUGCGCAGCGACGGCAAAAACGCCAUGCUGAGGUAA